AUGUUCUCAAGAUUUGCCAAUUUUGAGUGGUUCCAACUAGAAUAUCUCAGACUGAGAGAGAAAUGGUUGAGACACACCCUGAUCAUCUUUCUCGUGUUAUAUAUCAUCUUUGGAUGUAUUGUUGUGUCUGGGUGCACUUCCAGUUCUGUCAGUGAACUCAACAUUGCAAAACUUACUUACACUGCCACUGAGGCAGCUAUGAAAGAAUCGCCAAGUGGUGUUACCAAACUUGAGGUUAAUAUGGGUUACUUUGCCUCGUGUAUCGUCAUCCACACCAACGACUCCGUUUCUCUGACCAGUUGUUCAACCAAUGAAACAACCAUUUUACUAGCAAACUCCAACCAAUUCGAUCAAACCCAAGUCACCAACGCUGAUCUUUUCAACUUCAUGGUUGGUACUGCUAAAAGAUUCAGAGUUCGUUGUAUGGAUCCUUACUCUUUGAUUGUCGCAGUUAUCUUGUCGUUUAUCUGCGUCGUUUCCUUUGCUUUUACCUCCCCUGUCACUGCUAACCAUAUGUAUAAGUACGCUGCCGGGCUUUCAUAUAUCAGUUUUACUCUUUCAUUAGUCAGUGCAAUUUGGCUACAAACAAAUAUUACCACAGCAACUGGUAUCAUGAAUAGAAUGGCUGAUCAGUACUUCACCUUACUGGCCACCCGUGGGUCGGUGGAUAAUGGUCUUUUAUGGGCUGGUGUUGCGAUGCAGCUUCUGGCAUCUAUUGUAACUGGUCUUUUGGGUGUAUUAGGUCAGCAAAUCGAAGAGGUUGAAGAGGAUUUAGGCCUUGACGAGAAGAUCUAA